AGGCUCCAGGCUCUGAGCCAUCAGCCCAGAGCCCGACGCGGGGCUCGAACUCCUGGACCGCGAGAUCGUGACCUGGCUGAAGUCGGACACUUAACCGACUGCGCCACCCAGGCGCCCCAACGUAGACUUUUAUUGAUUGACUCAGUGAGCUAAUAUUAGACAUGUACGUACUUAAAAAGAGUAGUUCGCUUGUAAAUAGCAAGUUUUCUGCUUGUAAAAGUAUUGAGAAUCUGGAAGUCUUUGUCAGGAAUCUGUGUUGUCUGAAGCUGAAGUUUUUUCCUAGUUCUCUGGAUUACUUAAUUGAAGUUUAAGAGCUACCUUUUACUCUCAGGUGCUUGCUUUGUUGUGUGUUACCAUCUGAGGGUACCAGUCAGUGAUAAUUAAAAAGAAAUGCUGCAUAUUGCCACUUUUUUUUCAAUGUUGCAAUAGGAAUGAAUUUAGUUUUUUUUUAUUGUUUGUUUUUGUAAGACUUAGGCCAUAUUCUUUAUGAUAUAUAUCAGAUCUUUGGAUGGCAAUUAAUUUGUUACUAGUUGUAAGAUGAUCCAAAUCAGUUACUUGGAAUUUUUAUGAAGUAGAAUAUUUUUAUUCCUGUUACUGGGACCAUGACAGUAUCAAAUUAUGAGUCGAUUAUUGCUAAAAAUGAAAAGGCCUAAAUGCAAACAUUAGUAGCACUGAUGUAUAUCUGACUGUCUGAGUGAUCCAGAAGUGGGAUAAGACUAGAAGGGCAUCCUUUAACUAUUUUUUCUGUGUUCUAGGUUUUAACCAACUCUUUUUAAGUGAUUCACAAGAGUCAAGGCAUUCCUAUUUGUGAACGUAAGAUUGUAUCAGAAAACAGAGUACAGAGUCUAUGAAGUCAUAUGAAUCUUCUAAAAAAAAAAAAUGGAACGAGAAAAAUCAAGCAGCAGUUCACCUUUCUGCCUUUAGAGCGGUCUAGCUAUAGUAAACUAUUUUUGCUCGAACAUAGUAUGAGUAGUUAUAGACACAUAAGACCUUUGGACUCAUACACUAAGCAUAACCUAGUUUUUCUUUUGUAUAAAUUUUUAAAGGCUCAAGUAAAAAGAAAUCCUGCUUUUAGACUAUAAACAUUUAACUUUGGUUUUAUAAUUUUAAUGUAACACUACAAGUAAAUAGCAAUUUAUAGUAUAGAUAUUACUACAGUUUAAAUAGACCUAGAAAUAUAGUUAAUAGGUCUCUUAUAUUAACUAUUUUAAUUGUCAAUACAAAGCACAUUUUUAGAAUUUAAUUUGAAAUACGAUUUUAGUAUCAGGGAAAAUUUUGGUCUAAUUGCUCUCAAAUAGUUAAAAUUUUUGAAUAAAUAAUUGUAAAGGUUUAAUGAAUUUUAAGAGGUGUUUAAUCUUUUAAAUAGCGCUGGUUGGUUUAAGUGUACUGUAUUAGCACUACCCCUGAGAGGCUUCAAGCAUAGGCAGAAUAGAAAGAAAAAGGGCCUAAAUAUUUUUUCUUUUUGAAAUGUAAAAUUUAAAUGAACUUUCUGGGUUAGCACAUCUCAAUGUGGAGAUCACAUUUACAUAUGAACCCUUAUGGUUAACAUUGGAGAGGCUAUUUCCUACUUUGGUAGAAGGUUAAUUUGUAUUCUUUCCCACUGUUUAAGAUAACUACAGUAACUUGAGUUCAUCACCAAAAACAAACUUAGGCUUGUGGCAUAGGCUAAUGGGGCUCUGCUGGGUAUUUGGCAAAAUUGAGUAUACACAUCUUUCUAGCCUUUGUCUAAACCAGCCCUCAGCCUCUCACCUUUCGUUUAUUCACUGAAAAAGUAUGCCUGGUAAUGGGUGUAAAGGUGAAUAAAACAUUCUUGGUGUGGGGGAUCCAGAACAUAGUAUGAUGAUUAUAAAGUGUUAGUAGUUUUGGAAAAAUACAUUUGGAUGGCAAAACCAAAUACCUAUGGACAGCUUUUGGAAUUAAACUAGGUGAUGAACCUCCAAAUAUCAAAUGGGGAAAACCAUCAACCUGCCUGGUAUUGGUUUCUAUGUGAGAAGGAAGAGUUGGGGUAGGGUCUGGCAGACUUGAGAAAAGGAGAAUCUCAAAUUAUUCAACUGAAACUUGGAUUUUGUCCUCUCCAUAGUGAGUGCAAGGUACCCAAAGGAAGGAUUGGAGAGACUGGGACAAUUUUCCCCAGUGAACUCUCAAAACACCAGCCAAGACAAGACUCCCUUUUAAGGACAGGACUGGACCCCACACUGAGAAGAAAGUAGCAAAAGUAGAAUCAUUGAGUGUUGAGACCAUAGGAGAGGGCUUAGAUCAAACUGGGGGAGGGGAACAUAAUCAGGAAAAUCUUAGAAAGCAAGCCACCGUAUUUCUGAACAUUACUCAAAAACAGCAGAAAAGGUAACUGAAGUCAAAAAAGCUUUCCUGAAUCUUGCAUCAUUCUAAAAGGCCAAGAAAAUAAUUUCAUGUAAACAUGAGCAAUUGAAAAAUACUGUCAAAUCUCAAAAGGUUAUCAAGAUGUGGUAUGUAUGAGUCUUUCAUAAACAAAAUGGAGGAAAGAUCUCUGAAGAAUGUUAGGGGUAAGUUGUCAGCAAAACAUUCAUGGAGGGUGUAGCGUGCAUGGUGAAGGUAGCUUUAGUGCUGGUUCGUAUUCUAAUAUUCUCCGAGGAAGUGUUGGUCUGGCUGUAAUGUGUGCUGAUUGAUACCGGACUGGAAAGGGAGGUGGCUACAAGAUCAUGAUUUAUAUACUUAGGAGGGCAAAAGGAAAGGACAAGGUACUUGAAGAAAUUGUGACUCAGUGAUUCCAAGUAAGGUGGCUGACCCAUUUGCCUUCACUUAUACCUUGUCCAACAGCCUCUUCUGCCUUUUCAUCCUUAACCUAGUGUGGACUAUUGGGAUAUUCUGCCAGUUAGUUACAGAUCAUUUCUGAUGUCUGUUUUCUUUUGUCCCAUAUCCAGUUAUCUUACUCAAGUAUUGAUUGUUCAUUGUAUAUAAUAGACACUUUCUAAGAAUUUUUAAAUUUUUUUUUUUUGAAGUAAGCUCUACACUCAAUGUGUCUGAAUUCCUGACCCUUCAUGAGAUCAAGAGUUGCAUGCUCCACCAACUGAGCCAGACAGGCGGCCCAUAUACUAGGCACUUUUCUAAAGCACUAGAGAAGCAGCAUGGUUCAAGCCAAAAGUACCUGUUCUAGAGAUUACAUUCUAGUUUGGCGAUAGCGGUAGCAUGAAUAUACGUGGUGAUAAGUGCUAUAAAGAAAAGAGUGGAAAGAGAUGGGGUUUGAAAAUGCUCAGGGAUAGCCUCUCUGACGUCUCUACUAGAAUGUAAUCUGCAGGACGGUGAGGACCUUACUGGUCUUGCCCGUUACUGCAUUUCCCAUGCUUAGAAUAGUGCCUGGCACAUAACACUCAGGAUUGAAUGAGUAAAUGUGGACCAUAGAGAGAUUAGUUCAAAAGACCCCAUUUUUAAAAAUUUUAUUUUAAUGUAGGUCAGCAGCAGGCACAGUUGAUCUUAAUUGUCAUGUCAUUCCAGUGCAUCCUUGGCUGAAGUAGGAAUAAAGAUGUUGCUCUGUCCUACGAAGCCAGUAAAACCCAGACCAGAAUUAAAAAUGGGUAUCACUUGAUAGGAUUUAGUCCUUACUUAACAAUACUCGGCCAGGUUAACGUCCGGUCCGUAUUUGAUAGCCUGGAUAACCAGGAGCGUUUGGUGAGCGAACAUUGUAAGUACUGCAAAGGUGCACAUCCCUUGAAGACUGCUUUGGUUCUGCUAAUCCCAUAAGCAGAUAAUGUUUGAAUGAAAUGAUCAGACAACAAAUAGCGACUUCAAGGGAAGAGGAGAGCGCGGCCCCGCUUAGCGUCUGGGUGUAUAGGGAACGACACUGCGAAAAGGGACGAAUUACGGAUCAUGGGCCUGGCUCAAGACCCUUAAUACCUUCAUGACACCGUGUGGUCGACACCAGUAGUUUAGCAUGGAGGAACCUAAGGACGCAUCAGAAGCUUGCGUCACCAUCUUCGCACCGCCCCCCCCCCCCCCCCCCGUUCCACCUGCUGUCUCUAGGCUUCUAUUGGUUGCCUCGCGGAAGGCCCGCCCCCUAGAGGAAGAAGGAAAUAUCCCAGUAGCCGGCCCAAAUAACCGUAACUAGCCUGACGUCAUAACGCAGCCAAUCAGAAGCACGUAUGUUUAGGCUUGUCCAAUGAGCUCGGAAACUGGCUUGGCCCGCGGAGUUUGAUUUUCGUUCAGGGACGCGGAAGUUGUGCCCGGCCUCGGGGCGAGCCGCAAGGUGGGUGGGAGACCGGAGGUAAGGGCCAAGCAUCCUGCGGAGUUACCCAGGUUGAGGGAAGGGGUUUCGGUGUCCAGCCCCGGGUCGGUGUGGGGCGUCGUUACCGUCUGUGGCUUGCAAACCGAGGCGCGCGGGCGGACACGAGUCGACGUCCGAGCGCUCCUGUACCAGGACGGGCGCACGUAGGGCGUCGCUGACUGCGGAUUCGAGGCAGCGUUUCUUAAGGACCGCAGCUUGGUGUCCCGGUGGUUGCUCGCAGGCUCGGCUUCGGAGGAAGCCCUUCCCCACGUCUUCGUUCUUCUCUCUCUUUGACUUCCUUCAAAAUACUGCUGGCCAAAAGAGAUCAGUUGAUGGUGUAAUGUGAAACGAAAGGAUUCCUCCAGGUAUCAAGAAACUGAUAAUGUUUCCUUGAAUUCGCUUAUGUAUUUGUUUCAUCAAUGUCACUCAUACUGAAUAUCUUAAGAGAGAUGCUGGAAUAUUUUGGUGUUCCCAUAGACCAGGUUUUGCAGAUUAGAGAAAAUAAAGACUAUGGAUCAGCUCGGAGUAUUGUUCGUCUUAUUGGGAAAAUUCUUCCUCUAGAACCUUGUCCCAGGCCUAAUUUUGAGUUGAUCCCUCUAUUGAACUCUGUAGACCCUGGUGACUAUGGAUCUGUAGUUCCGUCUUUUGCUGAUACUUUGCGUGUGGCAAAUGAUGAAGAAGGCAGUUAUCUCAGAUUUCGAAAUAGCAUAUGGAAAAAUGAAGACGAGAAGAAAAUGGAAUUGUUCCAUCCUUUGCCACCAGUUUGGAAUCCAUUGCUGCCUGCUCCAAGACAGAAUAAACGAACCAAAAACGAUGGGCCUGUAAAUGAAGCUGCAAUUAAAAAAAUAGCUGCCCUCGAAGAUGAGCUGACUUUUCUUCGCACUCAGAUCGCUGCAAUUGUGCAAAUGCAGGAACUGAAAAACCGUGCAAACGCUGGCCUCUUUGACUUGAGCAGCGAACCUAGCAGUUUGGGACAAAGGCCAUCGCCAGGAACUGCUGAACUGAGUGUCAAACCAGAUCCAUUUUCAAGUUCAGUGUUCUUCCCUCCACCUGCUCCUCCUCCUCCAGUGCCCCCUCAGCUUUCUUCUCCGCAACGUCCAUGUUCACUCACAUGGCCAGGAACUAAUAAUACGUGUAACUCAGAUAACUCAGCAAAUGAAGUGAAAAGACAGCAGUCAGGUGAUAGUAAGACUAAUGACAGUCAUCGUUCGAAAAGCCAGGAAAAUAAAGAUGUUCCGAAUAUGUUGGACAUUCUAAAGGAUAUGAAUAAGGUUAAGCUCCGUGCUGUGGAACGGUCACCUGGAGGUAGACCCAUUCAUAAGAGGAAAAGACAAGAUUCACACUGGGAUCCAGUGUCUUUAAUAUCCCAUGCACUUAAGCAGAAAUUUGCAUUCCAAGAAGAUGAUUCCUUUGAGAAAGAAAAUAGGUCUUGGGAGUCUUCUCCAUUUUCUAGUCCAGAAACUUCAAGAGUGAGCUAUAAUAACGUAAAGUUAAUUUUUUAAUUUUUCAAAAGCGUAUUGUCCAUGAUGUAUCUCUGCCUUCAAGUUCUCUUGAAGUUCUUGCGCAGAAUGGACCAUACAGUUAUUUGCUGGUACCGCUAACGUUUCUGUUGUUUCUGUUAACUUUUACAUGCUCCUUUUCUGCUUGUACCUUACUAUGAAUUUUUUUUAAAUAAAACACUUGAUUUGAAAAAUA